GAUUUUGCAGCCAUUACCAGAGAAAAAAGAUCGGAAAUGGCGUAUGAUAGGCUGCAACCAUCACAACCUGGAGGCUCUGGAGAUAUUCAGCAACAAAAUCACGAAGAACACAAAGCUAAGAGUAACAGGAGAAAGAUUGUUAUUCUUUCUGUUAUUGCGGUGACAAUGAUCAUUGUUUCGGCUGUUUGUGCUGGCCUCGUAAUUGGACUCCGUGACGGCGGCGCUGACUCAAUUGGCACGCAAGUUCGCCGUAAGCCCACCCAGGCUAUUUCUAAAACCUGUAGCAAAACUCGGUUCCCUAACCUCUGCGUCAACUCACUGCUCGAGUUCCCUGGCUCGCUCACUGCUAAUGAGCAAGACCUGGUUCACAUUUCCUUCAAUAUGACGUUGCAGCACUUCAGCAAGGCUCUUUACACGACCACCUCGAUCUCCUACGUCCAGAUGGAUCCACGUGUACGGUCGGCGUACGACGACUGCCUCGAGCUUCUGGAAGAUUCGGUCGACUCCCUCUCCCGUUCCCUCUCCUCCGUCAUUCCUUCUCAAGAAGGCGGGUCCACUCAUGACGUGAUGACGUGGCUCAGCGCCGCUUUGACGAACCAAGACACGUGUACUGAGGGGUUCGAGGGAGUGAGCGGGACGGUGAAGGAUCAAGUGACCGACAAACUGAAGGACUUAUCGGAGCUUGUGAGUAACUGCCUUUCGAUCUUCGCUGCCAGCGGUGGAGACGAUUUCGCCGGAGCGCCGAUUCAGAGCAGGAGGUUGCUAUCGUCGGACGACGAUUUAUCGGGAGCAAGUAUCGACGAGGAGAAUUUCCCGAAAUGGCUGGGGAGAAAAGAAAGAGAGUUACUAAGAACUCCGGUGUCGGCGAUCCAGGCCGAUAUAAUCGUAUCGAAAGAUGGAAACGGCACCGUUAAAACAAUUACCGAGGCGAUCAAAAAGGCGCCGGAGCAUAGUAGUCGGCGUAUCAUCAUCUAUGUGAGGGCAGGAAGGUACGAAGAGGAUAAUUUGAAGGUGGGGAGGAAGAAAACAAACUUGAUGUUUAUAGGUGACGGAAAGGGUAAAACAGUCAUUGCCGGUGGAAAGAGUGUUUCCGAUGAUCUUACCACAUUUCAUACUGCUGCCUUCGCCGCAACUGGAUCUGGUUUUAUUGCAAGGGACAUGACAUUCGAGAACUACGCUGGACCAGCCAAGCAUCAAGCGGUGGCUCUUCGGAUCGGGGCCGAUCAUGGUGUCGUAUACAUGUGUAACAUCAUCGGCUACCAAGACACUUUAUACGUUCACUCGAACCGUCAAUUUUACCGUGAAUGCAACAUUUACGGUACGGUGGAUUUCAUUUUUGGUAAUGCCGCGGUGGUAAUCCAAGACUGUAACAUUUACGCUCGAAAACCCAUGACAUCACAGAAAAACACCGUUACUGCCCAAAACCGAAAAGAUCCAAACCAAAAUACCGGCAUAUCGAUCCACAAAUCACGGAUCCUACCCACACCGGAUCUCGCCGCCUCCAAAGCUAGCUUCCCGACAUAA